AUGGUAUGCUCGAAUAAAUGUUUACCUGGUACAGAACUAUAUUAUUUUAAUGAGUAGAUAUCAUUAUGCAUGGUAUAUUGUGGCAAUGGAAUUAUUGCAAUAAACAAAAAUAGUUGUUCUUCAUCAAAUUAAUGUAUAAAUGGAACAUAAUGGAGCGAUUCAGAAAAAAAAUGCAAAAUAUAAUAAGCUUUUUGUUCGGUUCCUGAUAUAUAUGUGCAGCUAUGCCCGAAUUGUAGUUUGGUAACAAAUCCUACUGAUUGCUAAAAUAGUUGCUAAGUUUAACAAUAUUAUGAUUAUAAAUCAUAAAAAUGCAUGUUCUAUUGUUUUAAAGGAGUAAUUGCAUAAGACUAAGCAAGUUGUUAAUCAUCUAAUUUAUGUAUUGAUGGUUUUACAAGUUCAGAUUAAGGUAAGUGUGAUCCUAUUAAAAAAGAUGAAAAUAAUAACUAAGGUGGUUAAGCUAACCCAAAUAAUAACUAAGGUGGUUAAGUGAACCCAAAUAAUAACUAAGGUGGUUAAGUGAACCCAAAAAAUAACUAAGAUGGUUAAGUGAACUCAAAUAAUAAUUAAAGUACUUCAAAAUAUGAAUAAAAUUCAUUGAUUGUAAAUAUUAUGAUAUCUUUAAUUGCAGUUUUGAUAAUUAUUAUUUUAGCAGCUUCUUUUUUUGUGUUAAGAAAAUUUAAGACAUUUUAAAAAGUGUACGAAACAAUAAAUAAUCUUGAAUCAAGAUAAAAAAUACAUAUUGAUAAAAUUAACAAUUAAUAGUUAGAAAUAGAUUCAUUAAAAAUUACUAUAAAUACAAAUAAUUAACUGCAAAAUAAUUAAUUUGAAAUCUAUCUCAACUAAAAUGGAGAAGAUUAAGCUUUGCAAGGAGAAAAUGACAGUUAGAAAACAUUAAAAUAAUUAGAAAAUGAUAUAAUUUUACAGUAAUAGUAUUCCAAGUAGAAUUAUUAAGAAAAUCCUCUGCUUUAGGAAUAGGUAAAUUAAUAAAAUACAUAAUUUAAAUAUGAUUCAUAAACUGGUGUUUUUGCUUGA